AUUUCCGCAGGCCAAGACCGUGGAUGGCGCUUACCGCCGCGAAAAAAAAGUUGGACCCAGGGACGAAAAGGGAAACUGUUCUGCGAUUCUUCCACUCACGCAAUACUCCACCAUUCCUCCUAAUUGCUCCAGGGGAAAAUACUACCCGGCGGAGGGCAAUCAAUCAUGGGGAACAAAACCAAGAUUCGGUCCCAGCAGGCCGGAAAGGGAGCUCACGAAGAUGCUCCCGCAACCACGGACAAGCCGUCCUUCCUAACGGGCGGUGCGUCCAUUGAUCCGACUUUGGCCUCGCUGUUUGAAACAAGUGCUGGCCCUGUCAAGAUUCCCUCGGUGAAGUCUAGUAGAGAUGCGGCAGCCAUGUCAGGUGCCAAGAAGGCCAAUAGGCCUGAGGAAGAAGACGACGAAGAACUCAGCGCCGCGGGUGAUAACGACGACGAGGAGUUGUCUGAGCUGGGCGCCCAGUCAGGCGACGAAGAUGAAGAAAUGGAAGAUAUUGAAGAGGAGAGUGGAGACGACAACAAAUCUACCCCGCAAGACAUGGAUGCCUCGACAACGAGCAGAAAGAGAAAGAGAAGGGCUGAAGACAACCUCGAAGAUUCUUAUAUGCGCCGGAUAGCUCAGGAGGAAGCGAAAGAAGAGGCAAAGCGACGCUCUGAGAAAGCUAAGCGAGUCAAGCUUGAGGACAAGGAGGGGAGAGAUGGCUCUGAUGACGAAGAGGGCGAAUCCUCGCAGGAGGAGGAUGGUAGUCCUCCACCAAAGCAUGAGACCGUUUCGGGAGAUGGAGAGGCUGCUAUCAUUGACAAGUCUAACCGCACUGUCUUCCUCGGCAAUGUGUCGACAAAGGCCAUCAAGUCCAAGUCUGCUAAAAAGACACUCCUCGCUCAUCUAGCGUCAUUUCUUUCUACGCUACCGGAAGCUGAAGUCCUUCACAAAAUUGAAUCUAUCAGGUUCCGCUCGACUCCAUACACAUCGGGAGGUGGCAUCCCAAAGCGUGCCUCAUACGCCCAUAAAGAGAUCAUGGACGAGACGACGCCGAGCACUAACGCCUACGUCGUUUACACCACUGCUCAGGCAGCGAGGAAAGCCCCCGCUGCGCUGAAUGGGACCGUCGUUCUGGACCGUCACUUGCGUGUCGACAGCGUGGCUCAUCCUGCACCGGUGGAUAACAAGCGAUGUGUGUUUGUGGGUAAUCUGGAUUUCAUUGAUCAAGAGCCGGAAGAUGACGACGAGGAGGAGGAGGAGAAAAAGAAGAAGAAGAAGCCUUCCGUUCCUGCUGAUGUGGAAGAGGGCCUUUGGCGCACGUUCAAUGAGGAGACUAAGGGUGUCACCCAAGGCUCACGAAGGGGCAACGUCGAGUCUGUUCGCGUGGUCCGCGAUCGUGCCACGCGUGUUGGAAAAGGUUUCGCAUACGUUCAGUUCUAUGAUCCUAAUUGUGUGGAAGCAGCACUCCUCCUGGACGGAAAGAAAUUUCCACCACUGCUUCCCCGAAAGCUGCGGGUCACACGUGCUAGGAAAGUACAGAAACGGCGAGAGGGCACUGGUGCUAAUGCCAGAGAGCUGGGAGUCGGCGCUGCACGCUUGUCUCUCCAGGGUCGCGCUACUAAGCUACUGGGCAGGGCUGGCGCUGCCAAGCUAAAGGAGGUCGGCUCACAUCCCAAGUCGAAGCCUGAUGAACCUUUUGUGUUCGAGGGAUACCGCGCUAGCGAAGGGUCCAGAGGAGCGGAGGGCGCUCCGAGAUUUAAAGUCAAGACGAAGAGUCGUGGUGCGUCCAAGGGCAAGCCGAAGACGAGGAGUAGUCGUCGUGCCGCGGCAUACAAGGCUGCGGGCGGCAGGAAGGGUGCACAAGAAAGAAAGCCCUGAAGAGAGAUAACUCAAUUCUUCUGUUUGUAUCUGUACGGAUGCCUGGCACUGUCAUGAGGGUCCUGGAGAAAAGCACGUAUAUAGCAUGUUCUUAGUUUACUUUUGUUUUUAAAAGGAUGGGCUGUACAGGUUUGACAAUGGUUCGAUGAGAAUAAUCCAUUCAUAAAGGCAUCUUGAAGUUGAUAGGGAAGCACUCGAAGAAUUGUUCGUAUAAGCCACCACAUUCAUAAGGCUGUGCAACACCAGCGUGAUCGUUAUAGAUAAGAUCGCCCAAAAAGCCCAAGCUGAUCUUUGA